AUGUCCCGAUUCACAACGCGCGAACUAGCAAUUAUUGCUAUUGCACUUGAGGAUGAAGAGAGAAGCGCAAGAAAUAACAGACGAAGAUAUUGGGUGCAUAAAAUGCUGAAAGCAAGACAUGCAGAAGGAGAAUUUUGGCAGAUCCAGAGACACAUAUUAGAUGACGAAGAAAAAUUCUACAUUUACUUUCAUAUGAAUCGGUAUUUAUUUGAUUACAUAUUAUCAUUUAUUGAAAAAGACAUAACAAAGAAGAAUACGAAAUUUAGACAAGCAAUAACACCAAUAGAAAAAAUUGCCGUCACGUUGAGAUACAUGAUCACGGGAAGUUCAGCAAGGACGUUGAGUUCAAGCUUUAGAUUAGGCGAAUCAACAAUCCGAUCAAUUAUACAAGAAGUAUGUAAUGCAAUCAUAAACAAAUUAAUGGGAAUUUUCAUUCCAACGCCAAUUGAAGAGCGGUGGAAAAGUAUAGCUCAAGGAUUUCAAGACAGAUGGAAUUUUCCAAAUUGCAUCGGCGCUAUAGAUGGGAAGCAUGUCAACAUCAUAGCACCUGCUAAUAGUGGUUCGCUGUAUUUUAACUAUAAAAAGCACUUUUCUGUUGUCCUAAUGGCUGUGGUUGAUGAUAAAUAUAGAUUUAUAAUAGUUGAUAUAGGCGCUUUUGGUAGAAAUAGUGACGGUGGAAUAUUUGCAUCUUCGAAAUUAGCGAGACGUCUUGAAAGUAAUUCAUUACAUAUUCCAAACGAUAAACCACUACCUGGAAGUAACAGAAAUAUACCACAUGUUUUCAUAGGAGAUGAGGCGUUUCCUCUGAUGAAAAAUUUAAUGAGGCCAUACCCUCGUUGUCGUGGCUUAUCUGAGGCACAAACUAUAUUCAAUGAACGUUUAUCACGAGCACGCAAAGUUGUGGAGGAUGCAUUUGGAAUAUUGUACCAGAAAUUUAGCAUUUAUAACAAAAAUAUUAAUGUGAACCCGAUACACGUUGACACAUUGAUACUAGCGACAUGUAUUUUACAUAAUAUUAUGCGAAACUAUGAAAUAGAGUAUCUAGAUCAACAUGAGAUGCAGCAACCAAUACAUCACAACGAGAAUGGUUUCCUGCAACCAAUACUAGAAAACGAAAUGAACAGUGCCGAAAAUGCUUUUAAUAUUCGAGACUUGUUUUCAUCUUACUUUCAAUCUCCUGAAGGUCAAGUUUCAUGGCUGCAUCAAAAUAUUCAAUAAC